UCCAACAUUAAAACCAAGCUUGGCCUACUUUUUUUUGUCUGGAGGUCAAAAUGCUCAAGCAUGCAGAAGCAGAGUGCCCCCAGCCCCCUCUUUCAUGACUUUCGCGUUAUUAGUAAUACAUCCAUGUUUGCUCGUCACACACAUUUCUUCCUCUAUUUGACACUAAAGGCUGCAGUAGCCAAGUGAGGCAGACGUGCAGCGAUAACAAGCCGCCUCUUCCUUUCAUAUUAAUUUUACAUGAUCUUGUGGAUGAAAUUUCUGGAUGGAGAAAACAAACAUGCGCAUCCACAUUUUAUAUUUACAUUCAUUUUCUGCGGAUUGGAAGACGCACCCAGUGAGUCGGAAACAUUGGACGUAUUUGCUGAAGAUGGAAAAUACUGACGUCCACCAAUGCCAAUAGUGAGAUUUUUACCCCCACCCAUUGUUUUUAAGAGAUGUAUAUAUAUAUAUCGUCAAAACAAGGUACUGUUGUAUCGAUGGCUGUUAAAAUUGUGAUCAUUGGCUCAAGUUUAUUAUUUGAACAUUUUAGAUGAUAUACCGUACAACUGGUUAGUUCUGCAAAAGUGUCUGCGCGCCUAAUAAAAAGGUUACUGUGUCUUUAAAUAUUCUUGCAGUCCUUCCGUGAGCAUGCAUAUAGCCAUAAAAAAGAGAUAAAGCUUGAAGUCAUCUUCACAAACACAAGCGGAGAGGGUGGGGGGAAAAAAAGUUCCCUGGGAUUUUGAAUUAUACAGCAGCAGCAGCAGCUUCUCUAGUUUACACCUGCUGAGAAGGAGGGAGGAUGUGCUGAGUUCAGUUGACAGUCUUGACUGGAGGAGCCAACAAGUUCCCAGCAACGGCAUUUUUUUUUUCUUUCUCUCUUUUCAGUUAUUUUUCCCUCUCCGGUAGUGGAAUAUUUUUGUUUUCUAGGAUGCAACUGAACAUUUUGUGUUUACUAUGUGCUCCUUGUGUGUUUUUUUUGCAAGGCAGGUCAGUCGUCUGUAAGGAGAUGAAGUUACCCGGCGGUGCAUCCAGACCUCCUUCCCCAUCUGACUUCCUGGACAAGCUGAUGGGUCGCACAUCAGGAUAUGACGCUCGCAUCAGACCCAACUUCAAAGGUCCUCCUGUCAACGUCACCUGCAACAUCUUCAUCAACAGCUUUGGCUCCAUCACUGAAACCACCAUGGACUACCGGCUGAAUGUAUUUCUGCGGCAGCAGUGGAACGACCCUCGACUGGCUAACAAGGAGUACCCUGACGACUCGCUCGACCUGGACCCCUCCAUGUUGGACUCCAUUUGGAAGCCCGACUUAUUCUUUGCCAAUGAAAAGGGAGCAAACUUCCAUGAAGUCACCACAGACAACAAACUGCUCAGAAUAUUCCAAAAUGGAAAUGUUCUCUACAGCAUCAGGCUGACGUUGACCCUCUCCUGUCCCAUGGAUCUCAAAAACUUCCCCAUGGACAGCCAGACAUGCAUCAUGCAGCUGGAAAGCUUUGGCUACACCAUGAACGACCUCAUCUUCGAAUGGCUGGACGUGGGCGCCGUGCAGGUGGCUGAUGACCUGGUGCUGCCUCAGUUUGUGCUGAAGGAGGAGAAAGGCCUGGGCUACUGCACCAAGCACUACAACACAGGUAAAUUCACCUGCAUUGAGGUGAAAUUCUACCUGGAGCGCCAGAUGGGCUACUACUUAAUCCAGAUGUACAUUCCCAGCCUGCUGACGGUCAUCCUUUCCUGGGUGUCCUUCUGGAUCAACAUGGACGCAGCACCAGCCCGAGUAGGGCUGGGCAUCACCACCGUGCUCACCAUGACGACGCAGAGCUCCGGCUCCAGGGCGUCGCUGCCAAAGGUGUCCUAUGUGAAAGCCAUAGACAUCUGGAUGGCCGUGUGUCUUCUUUUUGUGUUUGCCGCACUCCUGGAGUAUGCAGCCGUUAAUUUUGUUUCACGGCAACACAAGGAGUUCUUCAGGCUGAGGAAGAAGCUGAAAGAGCAAGAGCGGCAAAGAACCCAGGGAAGUGGCGAGAGUAAGACCAAAGGAAACAUGUCCGGCGACGAUGCGGCUCAUGGGAGUGCAGGGCAGCAGUGCAGCGCCUGUGCGAGGGAGGAGGAGCUGGCACGCCAAGGGUUGCUUUUCCAGAGUUACGGGCUUACAAGCGCUCCAGAGAUGGAUGCAACCCCGGUGUUUGCCGACUUACCUCCCGGUCUAGGCUACUACGACAUACGCCGGCGCUUCGUGGACCGAGCUAAAAGGAUCGACACCGUGUCUCGGGCCGUGUUCCCUAUGAGUUUCCUCAUGUUUAAUGUCCUCUACUGGCUGACCUACAAGGUCCUACGGCAUGAAGACGUCCAAGUUACAAUGUGAAGACCAUAAGGACAGUGGACGGCGUCACUGAAGCAUUAACAGGCCCUCAUGUGAAACAUGCCAGAUGCAAGGUGACUGCAUGUCUGGCGCGAUUCAAACGCUACGUGACAUCUUUACAUUUUUAAUACCUCCAAAGAUAUGCACUUUUCAUUGGUGCCAAUGCUCCAUACAACACAUACACAUAGAAUACACAAUUAUUUAUGAUCAUUUUCUGUAGCUUCACUUUGGACUCCUGCAUGUCCUUGCUAGAGAAUUUUUUUUUUUUUACCAGUUAUUAUUACAGUUAUCACCUCAGUGAGUGUAUGGCACACUCACUGCCUCUAUAGACACUGCACUGAUACUGUGUUAGUGUUUCAUAAUGAUCAUCCGCU